UUAUUUCUUAUCGUCUCCCACAUGAAACAGAGCAAGCAGAACGCCCCCUACUGGCGUGUGUCCCUGGUGAACGUGUGCAGGAUGGUGAACAGCCUGAUAAACAGCCGGUUGUGGAGAGAACAGGGGGAGUAUAACACUGGGGAGGAGCUGGGGGAGAGGCUGGCCUCCCUGCCGGAGCCCUUGGAUGAGCUUCUCGAUCUACAGCACAUCUGCAGAGUACUGCAGCCCCGAGAGCUGCUUGACAACUCUCAAGAGUACCUAGACGCUGAUCAAAACAGUGACAACCCGCUCAAAAGGAAAUCACCGUAUAUUUUUAGGAGGCAAGUGAAAAACACCAAAGCUCGGAGGCCGUACAUCUUGAAGCGAGGUACAUUCUACUGAUCCACCCCCGGGAGGAGAAAGAAAGACUCUAUACAUUCUGUGGAUAUGUGACCAUACGUGCUCUCUGUUGUACUGUUAUUACUGAUGUUUCCGCAGUGUUUUGUCCAUACAGAUGAUAUCUCAAACCUGUGUCUGUCACUAUAGGUCUCUACUCACAUUCUAGGCCCAAUCCUGCUCCAAAAAGAGAGGACCGUUUGAAAUAAAAGCAAACAAAAGCAGUAAGCAAAUGUGUAUCUUUUGAGAGACUUUAUAUUUACUAUAUUUGUUCACUCCAUGUGUUUUCUUUCCAAUGUGAUUAAACAAUACAUAUUUAAAAACCA